AUGGAGUUUAUUAAAUGUUUGACUGUGUUAGUGGUGUUUUUUGCUGACAUCGAUGCUGGUGGACAUGAAAAACAUCAUGACCACGUGAAAGUUCACUUACCAGAGUUCAUCCAUCAUGAUCACCACACCAAAGUCAUAACCAUCCACCAUCAUCAUCACAAGCCGAAGGAGCAUCAUCAUCACCAUCAUCACCACCACAAACCUCACGGACACGGCCACCAUUAUCAUCACAAGAAAUCAUCAACACAUCACGUUUCGAAAGGUCAUUCAAGUGGGCACGGGCAUAGCGGACAUCAUCACGGCCAUCAUCACGGCCAUCAAGGGCACCAUCACGGUCAUCACGGGCACCAUCAAGGCCAUCACGGACAUCAUGGCCACGAGCACAAGCACCACGAUCCAACGCCCACCUUCAACUACAAUCCUCCAACGGUCAACUACGAUCCUCCAACGGUUAACUACGAUUCACCAUAUACGCCGUUCACUUCGUCUAUCCCGAAUAUCCCUCAUGCGCCCAAAGUGCACGGAGUAGUUCAUACAGUUAAACAGGUGAAAGUCUUCGAUUCGUUGCCCGGAGCUGUACCCGGUGCGGGCUUAGCUGGAACAGGGACCGGAUACCAGGUGACAGAGGAGGGAAGUGACCAUGAAGAUGACGUGUUCACCUCCGUCAAUACCUUACCACAAUCUUUCUCUGGAACCUUCGGUUUUGUCAGGAACGCCGCCCCAGCCCAGGAAGACCCAUUUGCGGAUAUACCACAGCAGAGCACAGCGCAGGUACAAAACCACGAUCCUUUUGCUAGCCCCCAACCAACUUCGUACGACAAUCUCGAAAACUUUUCGCAAAACGAUCCAUUUUCAUCCGUAGCUCCAACGGCUGGUGGUUUACCAACUGCCGCUUCUUCCUUCAGAUCGGACGCGGAAUUCGAUGGUAAUGGUGGAAAUAUUAACGCUUUUGACGAUCCAAGCAACAUUAUAGUCGGGAACGACAUUGGCAGUACAGCUUUUCUUUCUGACGGCGGAAAUGAUGACUCACCCGUGUCUUUCUCGCGGGAAGCGGGAAUCCAACAGACUAUAAAAACAGGUGGAGUUGAAACUUUAGUAUAUUAG